AUGGCCAAUUAUCGUCGUUCCCUUGUUCGUUCCGUACAGCCAGUGGCGGUGUUGCGGUCGUGCACACUUUCAGCCCCACUCCGCUGGUUGUAUGUCGCUAAGCCGUGUUUGGUUAGUUCCGCCAACGCACCUGCUAUCCGGAACGCCCCGGCUAACCAACCCAGAUCAGUACAGCAGCGCACAAUUGCAGUGGCUGAAGCUAUCGCCAUACGACAUCGCGACCCGAUCCUUUGUCGGCAAAAACGCUUUGUUCGUGUGUUGUACUUACCAUGGUCCAACUCACCUCCCCCCACACAUGCAUCGUGUGCUGAACACACAACUACAACACCCCCCGAACUGACUAGCUCAACCAUGCAAACCCCACUCACUGAUGUAUUACUGUGUUCUGAGUUCAAGGAUGUUUACCCUCCCUCCGAAGAUUCCUUCUUGUUUCUGGAUGCUCUGGAAGCUGACAUCAAUUUUUUAAAAUCGGUCCAACCCUGUGUAUCCCUUGAAGUUGGUAGCGGAAGUGGUAUAAUCAGCACUUUCCUGUGUAAUGCCAAUCUUGGUGUUUGCUUCCACAUCUGCACCGAUGUGUGCCCUACUGUAUGCAGAUUUGAUCGAUUGGGUGCUUGCAUUGCAACGAAGCGUGUGUUGGAAACAAACCUCGUUCCGGCAAUUCUUCCGGUCGAUUCCGUUCAGUGUUCACUUACGACGCCGUUGACCGACAGAUUGGCAUCCAGCGUCGAUAUAGUGUUGUUCAACCCCCCAUACGUCCCAACUUCUGCUGAAGAGCAUAAAGCAUCUGUAUCUACCAUUGCGUCCACUUGGUCUGGGGGCCUUAAGGGAAGGCAGGUCAUUGAUGCUUUCCUCGUCCAAGCGGUCAAACUGCUAUCCCCAAGAGGUUGUAUAUAUCUCUUGCUAUCGGAUGAUAACUGUCCGUCAGAAGUUCACCGUCUCGUGCAUACCCUAUCCUACGGUAGGUUACAGCCAUCGGUUAUUUUACGACGUCGAGCUCAAAACGAAUCUCUCGGAAUUUACCGUUACUCAGCUGCUUGUUUAACAGGAUGAUACUUUUUGUAACUGUCGACAUGCCAAAAUUUUACUCCACAACUACACAAUAUGCGGACACUUGUUCAACUGAAUUCACUCAUUAGUCUGUGAUUGUUCACUCAUUUCAGUGUUUCGGAGCUUCUUGGGUUCAACUGUCGCAUCGUUUUCCUAUUCAGUGUCAAG